UUUGCAGAUAAGUGUUGCUACAAGUGCUGCACCAGUGCUGCCCAACGCCCCUCAUUGUCACAGUUAUGGGGAACUGUAUAACUGGUGAUAAGACCAGCGGUGAUAUCGCCAUCAACGGUAAAUCCGUUGGUUUGGAUCAGCGUUUGAGUGCCAACUAUCGGUCCAAAGAGGAUAAGGCCGGCGAGAAUGGGCCCAACUCUCGGACCCCUCUAUCAUCGGUGCCGCCAAAUGUGCAAAACGCCAAACACGGCAAGAGUGCGGCCAACGACUCGUUCGCCGACCGGACGCCGUCGUCGUCCCAUUCAAAAGUAGUGAUCGCUUUGUAUACAUAUAAUGCCAAAGACGACGGCGACCUCUCCUUCCGCAAAGGCGAGCGCCUCCAUGUGCUCGACGACGUCGACCCCGACUGGUGGCUCGCAAAACACCUCACAAACAAUCAAAAGGGUUAUAUUCCUAUGAAUUAUGUCGUCUCCGAAGCCAUCGAAAUGGAAGAUUGGUUUUUUGGCAAAAUCUCGCGACGAGAAGCGGAGAAAUUGCUGUUAUUGGGCGACAACCCUCGGGGCACUUUCCUUAUUAGGAACAGCGAACAAACAGCUGGCGCGUAUUCGCUGUCAAUCAGGGAUUGGGAUCAGAAUAAAGGCGAUCACGUGAAGCACUAUAAAAUCAAAGCGAUGGACAACGGAGGCUAUUACGUGACCACAAGGAAGACAUUCAGUACUUUACAAGAAUUAGUCGCUUAUUAUACUGAAGGAUCCAACGGUCUCUGCCAUGAGUUGACCAAAGCCUGCCCUAAAUCUAAGCCCAGUUAUUGGCCGCUAAAGAAGGAUGAGAUCGAUAGGAAGGACUUGGAGUUCAUUAAAGAGUUAGGCGGAGGAAACUUCGGCAAAGUAUACUACGGCCGCUUCAAAGGUCACAAAGAGGUGGCAAUAAAGACCCUAAAGCCGGGGACAAUGUCUCCGCAAGCAUUCCUCGAAGAGGCAGCCAUUAUGCGAAAGUGCAGACACGAGAAGUUGGUUCCGCUGUACGGCGUGUGUUCACAGGAGGAGCCGCUGCUAAUAAUCACAGAAUUCAUGUGCAACGGAAGUCUAUUAGAGUUUUUACGCGCCCGAGAGGGCAAAGCUCUUAAAAUCACGGACCUCUUAGAUAUGGCCGCACAGAUCGCCAGCGGAAUGGCUUAUCUCGAGAGUCAGAAACUGAUUCACAGAGAUUUGGCCGCAAGGAAUAUAUUGGUCGACAAGAAUAAAGUGGUAAAAGUGGCCGACUUUGGUCUGGCGCGGGUUAUCGAGGACUCGGAGUACACGGCCAGACAGGGCGCCAAAUUCCCCAUCAAAUGGACGGCACCCGAGGCCGCGUUGUUCGGCAAGUUUUCCAUUAAGUCGGACGUUUGGAGUUACGGCAUAUUGCUCUACGAACUGACAACACACGGACAGGUGCCCUAUCCUGGUAUGCAUAACCGGGAAGUUAUAGAACAAGUAGAGCGCGGAUACCGUAUGCCAAAGCCGACCACAACCGAGUGUCCCGACUCUGUAUAUAAUAUAAUGAUUCACUGCUGGGAAGCGGAACCCGAGAAGAGGCCAACGUUUGAAUACUUGUACGGAUUCUUCGACGACUUCCUGGUGGCCGCAGAACCCAACUAUAGAGACGCCGAAGAGUUUUAAUAAUGAUUUCUUUACAAUCAUUCCCUUAUAUUUGAUCCAAAAAUUAGUUUAUUUAAUAUUUACGAGUAAUUAAUGGUUUUGACGUGAAAUUGAAAGAAAGACAAAAUGCAACGAAAUAUUAGGAUAAAUGUUGUGUUUUUGGUGUAAAUAAUAGUGACAUUUGAAUCGUGGCGUUGUGUUUGUGUUGUUUAUUGUGGGUCUCAACCGAAACGUCUUAAUUAUUAAUGCAAAAACUCACGCAAAGAAGUGCAGCACAUCUUUUGGCCAACGAAUUGCCGAACAAAUCAAUUGAAAUUAAUUUCAUGUGUUUUUUUGGGCGAUUUAUUUCCAAUUAAUUCAUUUGAGAGAUAAAGUGAUAAAAAUCUAUAUUUACUGCCUUUCAAAACAGAUUUAUAACUUAAGUAUUUAUGAUACGAAUACUAUUUUUAUUUUUUAAAAAUAAUGUCAUUUUUUGCAAAACAAUCAUUUUCUCACAAUUUAAUAAUUAUUUUAUAUCCGAGAGAUUUUUUCGAUGAAAUUAAAGGAAAUGCUAUUAUUAUUAAUGAGUACUUAAAAUAAGAUUAAGAAAAACUAUCGUUUUUAUGGAUAGUUUUUGGCUAUUUAUUCGAUUCUUGUGAUCAAUUUUAAUGUUUUUCCCAAAUAUUUAAUAAUUAUUUUCUAUUCAUCCCAAC